AUGUUAUUCGAGAACUCACAGUGCGCAGACAUCAUCAUCGUCGAGGACGACCCGUACUAUUUCUUGCAAUUCCCCGGGUACCUUACCCCCAAGGAACCCGCAUUUCAACCCAAGCCGACAAAGGAAUUUCUCAAAAGCCUGGUUCCGACAUUCCUGUCAAUGGAUGUCCAAGGCCGUGUCAUACGCCUCGAAUCUUUCUCAAAAACCCUUUUCCCAGGACUUCGCAUGGGGUACUUCGUGGCUAACCCGGUCUUCACUGAACGUCUUCUCCGCGCGACAGAAGUUGAGACACAAGACCCCGCAGGUCUCAGCCAAGCUCUUGUCUUGGGCUUACUCCGACGCUGGGGCAUUGACGGCUAUCUUACCUGGCUUCAGAGUCUCCAAUUUCAGUACCGUGAGAGGAGAGACUGGCUACUUGACGCGUUCCACGCACGCUUCGUUGUGCUCCCUGCCGCCAAGUCACCAGUACCCCAGGCGCAGGGGCUCGUCGCAUGUGUAAGGUCUCAGCAAAGUGGAGAGUUGCGACCAGUCUUCAGCUUCGUGGACCCUGGUGCUGGCAUGUUCGUCUGGUGCAAGUUCUACUUUGACGGUAUCCCUGAGUUCAUGGAGAUGGAAAGGUCUGGCGCCAGCAAAGAUCCUGAACAAGAUUUUGCGGAAGAGUUGUGGAAGGCGUGGGCUACUGAGCUCAAAGGUAUUGGCGGUGAACCUGCCGCGAGGUGGAGAGUCUAUUGGGCUUAG